ACUACAGAAGCAGGAAAAAAUAAAGCUUAAUGGGAAAGUUCUUCAAUCCCAUGAUUCAAGGGACGCCAGCUGAUGAACAUUCCUAGAAUCCUUCUCACUAGUUGACAAACAUGUUGAAAAGGAAGAGGGAUACUGUUGGAGGAAGAGUUGGAUGGAGAAGGCAGGGGACAUGGGAAUUGGAAGAGGAGGGAGGAGGGUGGUGGUGAUAGGAGGUGGAGUAGCUGGCUCCCUCAUUGCUAAGUCUCUUCAGUUCACUGCAGAUCUCACCCUCAUUGAUCAGAAAGAGUACUUUGAGAUCCCAUGGGCAAGCUUAAGAGGAAUGGUGGAGCCUUCAUUUCCAGAGAGAUCAGUGAUCAACCAUAAAGAUUACCUGACUAAUGGCCGUCUUGUAGUAUCCAAAGCCAUCAAUAUUACCAAUUCUGAUGUCUUAACUGCAGAGGGUCGCCUUGUUGCUUACGAUUACCUGGUCAUUGCUACUGGCCAUGAUGAUCCCCUUCCCAAGAUUAGAAAUGAGAGACUUACCGAGUAUCAAGCAG